UCUCUUUCUCUCUCUCUCUCUUCUCUUGCGCUUGCACUGAGCGAGAGGGGGAACGGGAAGGGAAGAAUGAGGAAGAAGUCCUCCGUACUGCGCGCCUCGUCCCAACAAAUGCGGGUUUGCUGAUGAAGCGCCGCUCCGGUCAUCCGAUCAUACAGGUCGUACAGGUCGCGCUGUAUGGAAACGAGGAGUAGGCAACAGCAGAAAACAACAAAUAAAAAACUGUCAGUGCAUGGGAAUCCGGACACCUCUCCCUUUCUUUUGUGCGUCUCGGUCGGUGGAUACGCCGCCUUGGCUGGCGUAUAAGAGCUCCCCGGGUCUCCAUUACCAUUCCCCACUACUGGCUUACCUCUACUACUACUACUCCUCCUCUCACUCCUUGUAUUGAUACUAGUAGAGCUACAGCGCUGCUUUUACUACUGGCUGUCUUCUCCGGACACUCACUGGAUAAAAAGGUUCAACAUCCUCAUUAACUGUCACCCUCCAGUACCGGACGUCGGUCACCAUGGGUCGCUGGGAUCGCUCCUCCCGUCUGUCCCCCGCUCUGAGGCUAGCAGUCAUCACGGUGAUUCUCCUCCUCGAGUUCCAUCCCUCAUUGGCCAGCGGUCCCCCUGAGCCCAACUUGGGUAGCUCAGUUUCUGCCGUGUCCACCAAUAAAACUGAAUGCAGCAAGCCGGAGAAGUGUGCAAGAGGUGUGGUUCUACCUAUUUGGGAGCCCCAAAACCCAUCAUUUGGUGACAAAGUGGCCCGAGCAACAGUUUACUUUGUGGCUCUGGUCUACAUGUUCCUGGGUGUGUCAAUCAUAGCAGACCGCUUUAUGGCAUCGAUAGAGGUCAUCACGUCACAGGAAAAGGAGAUCACCAUCAAGAAACCCAAUGGGGAAACCACCACCACCACCGUUCGGAUCUGGAAUGAGACCGUCUCUAAUCUCACUCUCAUGGCUCUGGGUUCUUCGGCUCCGGAGAUUCUCCUGUCCGUCAUAGAAGUCAUAGGUCACGGGUUUAAUGCCGGAACACUGGGCCCCGCCACCAUCGUCGGCUCUGCGGCAUUCAACAUGUUUGUCAUCAUUGGGCUUUGUGUGUACGUCGUGCCCGACGGCGAGACAAGGAAAGUCAAGCACCUGCGCGUCUUUUUCGUCACGGCCACCUGGAGUAUCUUCGCCUACAUUUGGCUCUACCUGAUCCUGUCUGUGAUCUCCCCUGGCGUUGUGCAGGUGUGGGAGGCGCUGCUCACGUUCUUCUUCUUCCCCAUCUGUGUGUUGUUCGCCUGGGUGGCUGACCGCCGCCUGCUGUUCUACAAGUACGUGUACAAGCGCUACCGCACUGGCAAGCAGCGUGGCAUGAUCAUCGAGACCGAGGGAGACCGUCCUCUUCCUUCCAAGGUGGACAUUGAGAUGGAUGGAAAGAUGCUGAACUCUCAUGGUGUUGACUUCCUGGAUGGUCCGCUCGGUUUGGAUAUCGACGAGAAGGAUCUGGAUGAGGAGGAGACCCGCAGAGACAUGGCCAAGAUCCUGAAGGAGCUCAAGCAGAAACACCCUGACAAGGAGGUGGAACAACUCAUAGAGCUUGCCAACUACCAAGUCCUGAGCCAGCAGCAGAAGAGCCGCGCUUUCUACCGAUGCCAGGCCACCCGGCUGAUGACAGGUGCUGGCAACAUCCUGAAGAAACAUGCUGCUGAUCAGGCACGAAAGGCUGUCAGCAUGCAGGAGGUUCGCUCUGAUGUCGGCGAUAACGACCCCAUCUCUAAGAUCUUUUUUGAGCCCUGUUCUUACCAGUGCCUUGAGAACUGCGGCACAGUGGCGGUGAACGUGAUGCGACGUGGUGGCGAUUUGGGCAAAACAAUUUCUGUGGAGUACCGGACGGAAGACGGCACGGCCAAUGCCGGCUCGGACUACGAGUUCACCGAGGGCGUGGUGGUCUUCAAGCCCGGUGAGACGAUGAAGGAGAUCCGUGUGGGGAUCAUCGAUGAUGACAUCUUUGAAGAGGAUGAAAACUUCCUGAUUCACCUUUCCAAUGUCAAGGUGUUGACAUCAGAAGGCGAGGAGCCCGAGGAAGGCGAGUCAGCUAAUCACGUGGACUCAAUGGCGUGUCUUGGCUUACCCUCCACAGCGACCGUUACCAUCUUUGAUGACGACCACGCCGGUAUCUUUACAUUUGAGGAGCCUGUAUUCCACGUGAGCGAGAGUGUCGGCGCAAUGGAGGUGAAGGUGCUGAGAACGUCGGGGGCUCGCGGUGUGGUCAUGCUGCCGUACAAGACGGUGGAGGGAACAGCACGUGGCGGCGGAGAGGACUUCGAAGACACUCACGGCGUCCUUGAAUUUCAGAACGACGAAAUCUUGAAGAGCAUAACCAUUAGGAUCUUAGACCGGGAGGAGUACAAUAAGCAGUCCUCCUUCUACAUUCUGCUUCAAACCCCUGAAUGGAGACGCGGCGGGAAGGAACGGACAGAAGAACAGCAGAAGGAGGAGGAGGAGGAAGAAGAGGCGCUCGCAGGAAAAGACGAGGAGGAGCAGCGCAUUGCUGAUAUGGGCCGUCCCAUGCUGGGAGACCACGUCAAACUGGAGGUCAUCAUAGAAGAAUCAUAUGAGUUCAAGAACACAGUGGACAAGCUGAUAAAGAAGACCAAUCUGGCUCUGCUGGUAGGAACCAACAGCUGGAGAGACCAGUUCAUAGAAGCCAUCACUGUGAGCGCAGGUGAGGACGACGAUGACGAGGAGUGCGGGGAGGAGAAGCUGCCAUCAUGUUUUGACUACGUCAUGCACUUCCUCACCGUUUUCUGGAAGGUUCUGUUUGCAUUUGUCCCGCCCACAGACUACUGGAAUGGCUGGGCCUGCUUCGUCGUCUCCAUCUGUAUGAUCGGACUGCUCACUGCCGUCAUCGGGGACCUGGCCUCUCAUUUUGGCUGCACAGUGGGCCUGAAAGACUCAGUCACAGCAGUAGUAUUUGUUGCGUUGGGAACCUCUGUACCAGAUACCUUUGCCAGCAAGGUCGCUGCUACCCAGGAUCAGUAUGCAGAUGCAUCCAUUGGUAAUGUGACUGGCUCCAACGCCGUCAAUGUUUUCCUGGGCAUUGGGGUGGCAUGGUCCAUCGCCGCCAUCUACCACAACAGCAAGGGGGGGACUUUCAGGGUGGAUCCGGGCACACUGGCUUUCUCUGUCACGCUCUUCACCAUCUUUGCCUUUAUCGCCGUCGCCACAUUGAUGUACCGACGGCGGCCAGAGAUUGGUGGAGAGCUGGGAGGACCCCGGACAUCGAAGGUCCUGACAACCAUGCUGUUCGUCAGCUUGUGGCUCCUCUACAUCCUCUUCUCCUCACUGGAGGCCUACUGCCACAUCCAGGGCUUCUAAGACGACAGGAGAUGAUGAAGGAAAGGGUGGGACAGAGGGAGAGCAUGGCGGGAGAAACUAAGGGGAGCUUGAUGAAUGGAUAGAUUUGGAAAUUAAGGCAGUCUCAUUGAUCUAUCAGUCCCUCCCUUUACGCAAUAUAUUGAAUGACGAAUGAAUGGGUUGAUGUACAGAUGAAGAAAUGGAGGACGCAUUGAAGCAUCUAAAAACAGAAUGAAGGAAAUAUGGUUGCAUGGAAGGAUGACAACAAACAAGAAAAUCAUAUGAGAGAAAUGGCUCAGAAGAUGGAAAAAGGAAUAAACUAAGGAAUAUUUUUUUGUUUGUCUUGAACCAUAAAUCCAAACCAAUCUUUUUUUUUUUAACUUACCCAUGUUUUAAAUACAUCCCCGAACAAACACAAUUUGUCUCAGCCGAUUCAACUAUACAGAAAUAAAGAAAAUGUGUUUUAACAAGGAGCAAAAGGUUAAAACAGGCCAACACACUAUCACAGCUCCUACGUCGUGUGGCUUCAACAACAGCGAUCCCAAAAAUCCCCCUCCAGUUGGACCCCUCCAACUUUAACAACAGGCCCGAGUGAGACAGAAAAGGACAGAAUAACUGUAUCAGUAUGUACAUGCAUGACCAGACCAUACUGAAAACACAAUCAGAGGAAACCGGAUAUAUUGCCACAACUGUUUAUUGAAAACAAACUGUGUGCGUGCUGGCGUGUGACUGUGUGUUUCUGUGCUUGUGUGUUGUGGGAAGAUGGUCAAGUACUGUGAAAAAAAACGCCUCUUGUUUUGCUGUCGCUGCGUGAGACGGAAUAUGCUUUCGUAUUCGAGGUCUUUUUGACUCCCUCUCUCCCAGCCUGUAGAAAUGCUGAGUAAGACUCUUUUGCGGGGAGGGCGCGUUCAAUGAAAUGAAAUGUUUUGAACAUCACUGAGGUUAGAAAUGUAAAUACAAAGAGCUGGACGUACAUUGCAGCUCCAUUAUUUCCUUCUGAAUGUCUUGGUAACGCAAUGCGCUCCUGAACGGGCCCUCUUUCUGUUGCUUUAUACAGUAGAUGUAAAUGAUUUAAGGUCUAAUUUGAAUCAAGAAGGGGUUAGUGUGCUUUUACCUUUAAUAAGGCCGCGUCUGAGAAGACAAAUGGCCACUCUACCGUUUAAAACUGUUAGAGAAACUAUUAUCAUUGCAUAAAUAUCUAGGUUAAUCUUAUGUGUGUUUGUUUUUGUUUGUUUUUUUUAACCUGUGGAAUUCUGUUAUCUAGUUUUCCACCUAUGAGAUUGCCACCAUCACGUGUCAAUCGCAACAUUGCAAUAGACUUUGAAAACGUAGGUACCGCCCUCUGUGAAACCUCAUAGGCUUUCUGUUUCUUAAACGCCUCUGUCAUUGUUUCUCUCACUUUGAUACCGCUUUUCCCGUUGGUUCAUUCAACAGCUUGUGUCAUUUUCCCUGCGUGUCUUAAGCACCUCCCCCCUGGCUGGUCAGCGGACCAAUCAAAAUCCUCAAGGGCUUUGUAAGAAACAACCACUAAUCCCUAACCCUGACCCUUGAUUUAUAAUUCUUCACAUAGAUUGGUCUUUAGGGGGCUACUUAACAGGGAUUUGUAUUCCUUAACAUUAUACACCAACUCAUCAGAUGUUAGUACUUCUCUUCAGUGUAGCUUUAAAAUAAAAUACUACCACAGUUUCAUUGACAUUGUCAGACGAAUAUUGGCAAAAUCAACCCAAUGAUCCAAAGUACUCGUACAGACAAGGCCUCAACCUUCCUUGGACUCGGACUGCCUAUAAAUUGCAGUCAGCCUUAUUCCAAAUUAAACCACCCAUGCAAUGUUCUUUCCCAGGUCACUCCGACUGCUUCUUAAAUAUACUACCCUUCAUGUAAGUCAUGAAGGUCUCAACCCAAAGGAAGCAAUGAACAUCCGACUUUAUAUUGUUUCUUUAUUCAAGGGCAAGCGUUUGCUCUCGACUGAAGAACCAAAAUGCAAUCUACGUGAUUCACUGCUUCACCCCAGCCUUGAAAAGACACUAAACUUCAGCAGCCAGUUUUUAGUCUUAUCACAGGAGCCAUUGGAUGAAGGAAUAGUUUGAAAAUACUUGGUGGAAACUUACUAACAGACACAGAUACUUUAGGGACAUCUUGGUUAGGGUACAUCUAAUCUCAGACAGCCAGACUCUGUUUAAUAAGCUCACAGACGUUUGGAGAAAAUUGUUAAAUUAAAUCACCCACCCCCAGAAACGGCCCCUCUAGGACCUGCAUCAUAAAGUGAGUUCAGGCUAAUCAGACUCUUUGAGAUUCAUUAGUGAUUUUGGAAAAUCAGUCAUGGAUAAACAAGUGGCUCUGGAGUAUUGUGCAACAUAAACAGAUCAAAAGGAGCAUGUUUAAAGUGAGAUAGUAUCUUUUAUUUAUACUCUUUAUCUGAUUGGAUAUGCAAAAAGAUUUUCUAUAUACAAAGUUAAAGAAAUGCAUGCUUUCACCUAGUAGAGUGCAAAGAAUAGUGGGCCAAUCACUGUUUCCUUGGUCCAGACCUUUGAGGUCCGUCUGGUUUCAUGGCAUGAAAGAGCACAUUACGAUCAGAGUUAUGUCUGAUUACAAUUGGAAAGUACAGAAGAGCUGCACGAUUACAUUUUUAUCGGGGUAGUCUCCAGUGAUCAAAUCCCAUUCCCAAUGCAAACCAGUUUGAGAGGAGGCAAUUAUGGAAACAGAGCAUAGACCUUUUUUCAUCAGUUCUGCAGCAUAGGUUACCAAGUUAAUCUUGCCCGAUCAAAAGUGAAUCAUUCCUGAUAUCAGAAAGCCUCAAAGUGUAACUAACUAAACUCACCAAUCUCACUUUAUGAUACAGACUAGAAUAGGUCCAAUAUUCAAGUUAUCUGUGGCAUCAUUUUUUUGAUUUGAAGUAUUAUGACACACAUCGUCUUAGUCAUCUUAUACAAAUGAAGUUUGAGCUUGAAUUUCUAACCAAAUGUUUUAGUGCAUGAUUGAAUGGGAGUCUACAUCUAGAAAAGUGUGGCUAUGGCUUCAGAGGCAAACACUAGGUGUGCUGUUUCAGGACACAAGCUACAAAAUAGGAUGUCACGCAACAGUUUAGCUUCUUUAAAACCCCUGGACAAAGGCUGGGAUAGCUGGUAAAUAUGCAUCAAUUAAACUGCAAAAAGACUGCAAAACUGACACUUACUAGAAACUGACUAGCUGGGAAUCUUCUCCCAUUAAUCAGUCGUAGACAGACUAGAUAUAUAUCAUGAAAAUAUUUCUGGGUAAGAAAGUGUCUCAAAGUCUUGUCCUAAAACAUGUAUAUAAUAUAAAUCUAAAGACUGUCUCGACUGUCAGAGAGGUUUACACUUCAGACUGUUAACUCUAAAACCACAGAGAUCGCAACGUUCAUAAAAACUUACUGUAUAAGUAGGCGUUCUAAAAGUUUAUUUGUUCGGUGACACUAUAUGCAUCUGAAUUGGCCAGAAUUUUCCUGCUGAUGUUGUGUUUUUUUUACUUGAUGUUUAAUAUAAUAAGUAGUAUUUUAAAUGUCAUCUGUAAAGUAAGUAGUCUGGGCUAGAUGUAAUCCAUUUAAAACUUGGCAAAAAUCUUGUCACAGACAGCUUUCGACCCCUGUGAGAGAGUAGAGCUAAGCAGAGCCCUGGAUUGGAUGACUUUGGCAAAUCCACAGUAUCUUGAGGAGAACAAAUGCUCCUUGUUUUAUAACCUGACAUAUAUUACUUAUUCACCAAGUGAUGCACCUGGAAUGGAGAGCCAGUAGGUGAUGCUGCACAGAGGUCCAGCGGCAUGGCUGGUAUACUGAAAGUCACAACUCUAAUAAAUCCUGUGUAGCACGCCGAAUGUGUUAUUUGCAGCACCAGUGUUGGGAACAAUCUAAACAAUAAAACAUUUGUGUAAUCCCUAAAAUUGAAUGAAACACUUGACAGCCAUCUGUAUUUGCCAAACUCUGCACAAUGCAUGGCUCUCCAUUAGAGUAGCUGUUCUCUUGUGAAGGCCUUGGAGUGGCAGUUUACCCCUGUUUUUGCCAAAGGGAAAUCUUUCUAUCAGAAACUUACUAUUUGCAGUCCAACCUGUAGAGGGUUUUCUAACCAAUGGAUCUUUCUUAAAACACCAAAUAUAAUUCAUAUUUCAUUAACACUUUGAAAGGAGACUUGAUGUUGUUUUAACCAGAAUCUUUCUAUUUAAAUUUGUAUGCAUUUGUCUCUUCACUGGCAUGGAGCUUAAGGUUUAUACACUGUAAAAAGUUUUGCUAGCUUGUGCAAAAAAAAAAAAAAAGACAAGAAAUAACAUUGUGGAAGCUGUUUGCAUCACUUUUUGGGUGACUUCAACAGGAUUCAAAUUAUCUUUGAUGUUGCUAAAUCCUGUUGGAUUUACUUAAAAUGUGCCUGCUGCCUAAUUUUUCAGCGUGACCUUGCGCAGGAAUGAAACGCUUGCAGUAAUGUAGUUGUUUGCAUCAAAUUAGUUUGCUGCACAAAUUUUCCAGAAGCUAACAUCUAUCAUUGAUCUGAAGUUAGUUCUUUUGCUACACCAGCUUUGUUGCACCCCCUCUCUCAGUGUAUAUACCUUGACUUAAAGCUAGUCUGACGUGAAGCUAAUGGCAGAUUAAUGACAGCUGUUCAAGCCCCAUAGCGUUUGGACCAAGGUGGGAAGCUAAACACGGCUAACAAAAUGUUAGCUGAGACGAGCUUGUUCGAUUGCUUUACCUGUCACGAUUGUAAGUACUCAACCAGGUUAUUCGUCUUCGAAAGCAACUUAAAUUGAGUUGAAUUUAGCUUCCUGUCUUGGUUUGGACUUUUGAGGUUUGAAGGGUCAAAGGUUAGCCAGGCCACCGCUGUAAAUACAACACUAAGAUUGAGCAGAAGAAAAAUGAGCUGUAGGCUACGGUACAUUUUUUAAAUUUCUUCUGUGGUGGGCUGUGAAGAAGUGGGCGGGGUUUUAAAUGAAGAAAAAGCAUUGCACUGGUUCUUGUCGCUUAUGUGAAACGGCUACUAUGUUGUUUUGUCGAAAAACACUAACAAAGUCGCUUCUGAUGUAAACAACAACAACAACAGAUUUUGUGUUUUGACUGAUGUACACAAUAAUAAUGUUGUACCUGAUGUGUAAAAAAAAAGAAAUAGUGGUGAAUCAGUUGUGAACCAUUAACGAUGUUGCUUCUGUAAAGAUUGAUGUUAGGUUUCCGUUGCCUCGUUCACUUCUUAACCGACCGUCUGUCUGACAGACUGAGGAAUAAAUGAAUGCAACAGCAAACAGACAGACAAAGGAAGGACAAGCACCCCUGCUGGUACGAGCUGAGCGAACGUCACGCUGAGACGUUGCUAAAGCAUUUAAUGUACUGUUGGAAGAAAACAUUACCAGAGCUAUUCUCUACCCUUAAAGUAAGAUUUAACAAUGUAAAAGGAUGAUAAAGAGAGGAAGGAAGACGACAAGGAAGGAAAUGAACUUUAAUGAAAAAAAAACAUGAAGUUACAGCCAUACAUUGAUUUCUGGGUCAGUGAGAUUGAAAUGGACUUCUCCUGCCCAGCAUGUGUAUUGUUCUCGUGUCUAUCUGUCCCUCUGUGUCUCUUCCCCCUCUUUCUCUGUCUCUCUGCUGCCAAAGCAACCAUGACUGGCAGCAAACCUUUCGUUCUGUCUGUACUUCCCUUCUUCCCAAAUCCCCCUUUUCCCCCUCUGUCUACCUAUGCCAUGUUUUCCAUAUUUUGGAAUGUCAAUGUGCUACUUGUUGACACUGUGCAUGAAUGAUAACAUAUCUGUAUAUAGUUAUAGAGAAUCGUAUCCCAUUCCCCUGGUGUUGACAAAAAAUGGUUUGAAUGUUGUACAGAUUCUGGUUGUCUGUGCAUCUUUUAUUCUGUUCGGUAACAUUUUUUUUUUUUAAAUGUAUGUAGAGCUUAAAAACAGUAUGUUUUUAAUUUAAACGAGAUGUAACUUGCACAUUACUAAUUAAUUGAGGGGGGGUUUUUUUGUUAAAAAGGCAAUAUCUGCUGUUAUUGAAUGAGAGAUGUGAUCUUAAAUGAGUUAUGUAUCUUAAAUAAAUAAUCUAUACGAGAGUUGCAUGGGUUAUUUGUACAAAAAAAACAAAAAAAAACGACACUGCUUGCUACUUCUAAUACCAUGGCUGUAUUCUCUGACAGAGGGUGAGGAAUACUGUAUGUACAUCUAAAGGUUAUUUUGUCAUUAAAGAAAUAAUAAUAAUAAUAAUAUUGUGUAUAUACUGUACAGUGUUAUAAGUGAGGUGGGCUAUAUGGCCAUCACGCUAACCGUAGAGGAUUAAUUCUACAUAUUUAUUUAAAGGAUACACUCACUACACUCAAGAAUGACAUAUAUUGCCUUUUUGGAAAAGUUGUAGUUUGCUUAUCUCUGCCUCACUCUUUCUUUUCUCUCAUCCUUUUUUUUCUUUUCUCUCUUUUUUCCUUCCAUCUCUCUUCCUGUGCCCUUUCAUUUCUCUAUUGGAGGGGCAGUUUCUAUUUCCGCUUUUUGUGCAUCUGACUCAGACUUGGACUGGGUCUGUCUUAUCCCGCUGACUCAACAGAAUCUCCGAACCUGCUUUGUUCACCUAUUUUCUCUCUGUCUCCUAACAUCUAUAGUUAAGUACGAUAUAUCUGCCUAUGUCCCCAUCUGUCUGAGUCUCUCAAAGGAUCAUUUGUCUGUAUUCAAGUCACCAUCUGUCUGAUUUAGAACCGUCUGUCAUUUCUCUUGCUCGCUAAAUCUGUCUCUUUUCAUCUUUCUUUCCUUAAUCCCUCCUUUGCUUCUGCACAUCUUUUUUCCACCUCCACACUUUUUCCCCUCCGCCCAUUAUUAUUUUCUUUCUCUCUCUCUCUCUCUCUCUGUUCUUCUCCCCACCCUCAGUGUAGAGUGUAGUUGGGAAAUUUCAUGUUUGUCGAUUUGAUUUGGUGUGUAUCUUAAAAUGGAACAAUAACCGCAACAGUUAUAAUGUUGGUAAUAAUGAAGAUAAUAUUUUUGUUUUAUGUUUUGUUUUUUUUGUUAGUUUUGCCGAUGUCCUCUUUGUGUGUGUGCGUGUGUUAUUUUAGUUUAUUUCUAUUCAUUUUUGUUGAACACCAACUGAUCGGAGGAAAGUUGUUAUAUGUGUGUUGCCACUAACUGUGACUGCUCUCCAUGGUACUUCUGAUAAAACCAAUAAAAUAAAGUUUGGGAUACCCUGUUUCAGAGAC